AGAUGACCGUGUGAAGCGGUGUGAGAUGCAGCAAAGCUUGGUGACAUCGUCCAAGAUCGACAGGGAUGGCGGGUCACCUGCCGUGACGCUGUCGACGCUAUUGUCCAGUCCCGCAUGGAGCCUGUGGCGAAGCCCCUCAUUUGUGGCACUUGUGCGCGCAGUUUUCGUCGGCCACAGGAUAUUGCGACGCACAAGUGUAACGCUGUUCGCGCGGCCCGCGCGCGCUGAGUAUGGCGUUCCCCGUCCGGUGGACAACACGUCUCCUGGUCUGCCCCGUAUGGGGCCACAUAGCCAGUCAUGGCAGUGGAAGAAGGAAGGAAGCUUUCACUGUCCAGGAGCGACACUGACUCGCACUGCUAUCUGGUGCUCACGAGGUGUUUGUCGCGCUGCAAACGGAGCGUCUCUCAUUAGGCGAUUUGAUCGCAGGACGAGAGAGGAGCUGAUGGACGAUCUCUCCAAUGUUCCACUUGGUUCGGAGCGGCGCCGAGUGCUGACGUUGGGACUUGGCCAUUCAACUGCAGUGCCAGUCUGGCUACCUGCCCUGCCUGCGUUCCAGCCUGUGGCUGUAUCCUGCCAUCACAGCGCUGCGACGGUGUUUGGUACGACUGUGCUGAUGGCUCUGAUGCACAGUACUGCCCAGGCAAGGUCACACCAGCUCCAGGUCAAACGACUGCCAGGUCCUGUCACCACCGGCACUGGGCUCAAUGACCGUGAACGGCUUGAUGUUCAGCAACACGACCACGUUUGUGUGCAGUCUCCCUAUGUCCUUAUGGGCUCGGCCGUGUGUACUUGUGAAAUCAACGGCCAGUGGAGCGGUGUGCAGCCAACUUGCGUCCUGACGACUGCUGCUCUGAGUGCGGCCAGUGACGAGCUAGUCCAGGACUCCGUCUCAGAACGCAUGACACAAACGUGCCAGUAUUGCCAAGCACUGGGGACCUUUGGCAAUCUGAAGAAUGUUUUGUCCGAGAAUCGAUCCUUGGAUCUGUGGCGUUGCAGUUGUGGUGCUCCCGACCCUCUUGCGCGAUGGCCGCGGAGACCUAGCGAAAAGGUUCGAGACAUACGGCAUCUCAAUAUCUUCCACCACAAUCAGUACAUCAGCACCACCAUCGAGUGUAGCGACAUCAGCAAUAGAAGACGCACAUGAUAUCAUCCACCCUUACGGCCUUAGCGAAGACCCGGGAAUACCUGAGAAGAUGUUAGCCGCAACUUUACUGGAAAAGUCGUCGGUGACAACGGCACUCCAUAUUUUAGCUGCAUGCAGUUAGGUCUCUCAACAAGUGUACCCAAAGUUUUCAAGCUAAUACACAAGCAAAUUCACUAGGGGCCGAGUAUAUUUUCCUACACCUCUCCCUGUUUGUUGUUGUUAUUUCUGCAUUCAAAUUGUUUGUGUACCUGUACAUUUAUUACAGUAGAGCCACGCAUCCACAGCUGUUGUUUCCAAGGGGUUAGGCUCGUCAGUUAUACAAAACCUUUCAGCAAUCUGGCCUUAGGCUUAGUUCCUUGACUUCUUGUACCACUUUCUUAGAUGCACAUCCCACUGGAUAGUGAGCAAUACGUGUGUAGCAGAAUCUGUAUUCCAGAAAAGCAGAGACUCGAGUCUAUUGACACUGCGUUUCUUUUUAAAACGUUAUUGGCUGUGGUGUACCUAGAGGUAUACACGUACAUUCCUGGGUCCCACGUUCUGUGACGCCCGACUGUAUUCGUGGUGCCUCAACAACUUUUAAUUUUGUGCGCUCGGGAAAACCUGCCGGAGGCUGUGAGGCUGCAGAGUGUUGGCUGUGUUUUGCUUUAAAAAACCAUCAGGUCUCCCCAGAUUUUCUAGUCUGGCCCUGAA